GGGUUUGAUUUCCGUCUUGUCCUUUCUUCACCUCUGUGUGAGCCUGCGGAUCACACCGGAUUAUUUUUCGUGCCGCUUUAAAUGGAAGGUAAAUGAGCGUGAGACGGGAAAGUGCUGAGGAAGUCGAGCUAUGCUGGAUAUUUUUGGUCCUUAUUCAUCAACAGGAAAACGAGCAUCAGAACUGCCCUUUCAGCUACUUUCUCUCCCAACGUUGUCCUCUUUUCUCUGUCUCGAAGUUGUGGUUUCCUCCGAUGGUUCUGCUGAUGACCAGUGAUGGAUUUUCUAGCUUCUGGUCUCAAGAUGACUCCUCUGCCGAAGACUGCCUCUGGUAAGCGAUGAUGGCCGACACCAUGACUUGGAUAGCGGCUCUUACUAUGAACUUAAGGAGGACAUACAGAACUUCGAUCGCCACUCACAUGUUGGAAUAUUGACACGAAAAGGCAGGCAUCUAAACACAAGUCUGCUGCUUCUUCCAUCAGAAGAUCUGCUAGGAAUAAACACAGAAUGGGCAGCGGAUUGAGAAAAAUGAGACGCAGGCAGAAGUAUUGGUUUUGUCGAACUAAAGAAAAAGCGGGCAAAGCGAGCUGCUUCCCCUCCAAAUCAUUCGAUGAAGACGAGGCUUGUGUGGGGUUGAAGAUUGCUGAGACGCAAGAUUAUGGGAGUAAGCCUGCGGAUCGAGCCAGUCGAAAUGAGAAGCAGCGUCAGGGAAGCAGAGCGAGUAACAGAAGCUCCACAGGAGUAAAUGGGAAAGGCUCAAGACGCCAGCUUCCUCGGCGUAUCAAACCACAAGUGCCUCCUAAGCCAGUACACCUUCAGGCUCCGGUGACCGAGUUGUGUAAGCCGCUGGGCAGGAGCUCACCCUUUAGCUCCAAGAUGGAGGAGGAGGGAGGAGGAGGAGGAGUGGGAGGUGUGGGAGGAGGAGGAGGAGGAGGAGGAAAAGGCCGAGUGUCUGACCUCAUCAGUCGCUUUGAGGAAAACAGACACCCAGAAAGGAGGGACGGCUCUCCUCAGAAACACACCGCCAAAGCUGGGAAGGGCAGUCCGGUGAACAGGGGUUGCCAGAAAGCGACGGACACUAAAGAGCAGACUCAGGACGGCAGCGACAGCCAUGACCACACGCCGUCUACCAAUGGAGUGUUAGGUCAGAUGGACAGAAACGGUGAUGACAGCGGAGCUGCGAGACCAGACGGCGAACCGCUGCUGAAUGGAGAAAUGGUGGAGCAAAGUUCGGACGGGGACGCAGACGCGUCGCAGAGUUUCACUGAGAAAGAGGAUGAGAGAAGGAGAACAGAGACCCAGACCAGCAUGGAUGAGACCAGCUUGGAUGACAAGGAAAUGGAGCACAAGGAGACGAACGAACAGAAACUGUACAAGAUCGCCAAUGAGCUCCUGCAGACAGAGAAGGCCUACGUGGCAAGACUUAAUUUAUUACAGGUGUUCAAUGAGAAGCUGAUGGAGGAGGCAGGAAAAGGCACGUUCCCUGUGGAAGUGGUAAAGAACAUCUUCUCCAAUAUCUCCUCCAUCAAUGCCUUCCACAACCAGUUUCUUCUGCCAGAUCUGGAGAAACGCAUGGGAGAAUGGGAGAUGACGCCUCGGAUCGGGGACAUCCUGCAGAAACUAACACCCUUUCUGAAGAUGUAUGCAGAGUACGUGAAGAACUUUGAUAAAGCCAUGGAGCUCCUGAAGCAGUGGACCGAUCGCUCGCCUCAGUUUAAGUCCAUUAUUCAGGACAUCCAGAAGCAGGAAGUGUGUGGGAGUCUGACGCUGCAGCAUCACAUGCUGGAACCAGUACAGAGAGUACCGAGAUACGAGAUGCUCCUUAAAGACUACCUGAAAAAGCUUCCUCAGGACCACGUGGACCGGCGGGAGGCUGAGAAGUCAUUGGAGAUCAUCGCCAUGGCAGCCACGCACUCGAACACUGCAAUUCGCAAAUCUGAGAAUCUGAAGAAACUGCUGGAGAUUUAUGAGAUGCUGGGGGAGGAAGAGGACAUUGUGAAUGCCUCCAAUGAGUUCAUUAAGGAGGGACAUAUUCUCAAACUGGCAGCCAGGAACACUUCAGCUAUGGACCGAUACCUCUUUCUGUUCAACAACAUGCUGCUCUACUGCGUUCCCAAGUUCAGCCUAGUGGGCCAGAAGUUUACGGUGCGCACACGAAUCGGCCUCGAUGGGAUGAAGGUGCAGGAGACGUAUAACGAGGAUUACCCUCAUACAUUCCAGGUGUCUGGGAAGGAACGUACCCUGGAGCUGCAGGCCAGCUCUGAACAAGAUAAAGAGAGCUGGAUAAAGGCAUUCCAAGAAACAAUCGGGAUCUUUCACCAAAAGAAUGAGACGUUUAAAAUGGCUGCUAAAGAAGUGGAUGAGGAAGUGUCGAUAACGGACCUGGGAAAGCGGGCGCCACGCUGGAUUCGAGACAACGAGGUGACCAUGUGUAUGAAGUGUAGGGAACCUUUUAACGCUCUCACCCGUAGGAGGCAUCACUGUCGAGCUUGUGGUUAUGUGGUAUGCUGGAAAUGCUCAGACAAUAAGGCUCCUCUGGAGUAUGAUGGCAAUAAGAUGAAUAAAGUGUGUCGAGACUGUUACUCCAUUUUAAAAGGCCACACAGACAGCGAGGAGAAGGAGGGCAAGAAGAAGGGCAUUCUGGAGAUCGAGGCGGCACAGUUCUCAGGCAGCAGUAUAAUGUGCGGCUUCCUGCAGUACUGUGAGAAGAAUAAACCCUGGCAGAAAGUCUGGUGUGUCAUUCCUGAGAAGGAGGCUUUAGUGCUCUAUCUGUACGGAGCACCGCAGGACGUUAAGGCUCAGUGCACCAUCCCGCUGCUGGGUUACUCCGUAGACGACGCCACCCGACCCACCGACCCUCCAGCCAGUUUCCGUCUGUCCCAGUCCAAGUCUGUCCACAGCUUCGCUGCCGAGAGCGAGGAAGUGAAACAGCGCUGGCUCCGAGUGAUCCGAGUGUGUGUGACGGGCGAAGUGCCCGCAAGCCCGCCGCCAACGGAGACGCACGCCGCCGAGUGCAGCCGGGAGCCGAGCACAGAGAGUCUCUAAGAGAUGGCACGCUCCCGGUGCCAAAGACACGGAGGAGCCCAGACUCUACACAGAGACGAGGCUGUCACUCAGCCACAUGCAGCACACACACCUCGACGGGGCUGUGCGGUAUUACAGCCAUGCUGGAUUUAAUUAGUGAAGGGGGAAAAAAAAAAAAACUCCUUCUGACUAAAGCUGCUCUGAAACACAGCAGUCCAAAGAGAUGGAAACUAAACAAAGUGCUUUGAAACUAAACUGGUGCUCCAGGAUGGCUGGUAAAAUUAUGAUUACUGUAUGAUAUACUGUACACACUCGUUUCCACACCACGUCAUGCUCCCAACCUCGGGCUCUGCUGAACCAUGUAGUGCAGACAGUGCUGUUAAUCCAGUGCGGUAUACAGUAAUUACCUACAUAUAUAUAAGGUAGGAUUCUGUCUAUAUGUAUGUAUGUAUGGAUGGAUGGAUGGAUGGAUGGAUGGAUAUGCCCUCACUGUCUCUUUUAUAAAGAUGUGAAGUGAAUCCAGGCCUCUCCGAUGCUGAAGGCAAGUCUGAGUUUAAAUUCAGGCUGCCUCGGUACACUAGGAGGAACAAUUGUUGUUCUCUCCAGGAUCUCUUUUUGUUUUGGCAUUUAGCUUUCCCUUCGCAAUAAGCACGGGUGACGUCACCGCACCCGGAGAACAGUUCAAGCAGGAGUCCUGACAGCACACAUUCACCAACCAGCAUCUACAACCUCAUUUGGAAAGAACGUGCUCCAUACAGACUGGAGGAAACGUGCAACGAGAUCUCGCAAGCAAAGGACUCGGCAAUACCACAGGAAAGUGUUACAUAAGCUGCGUACACCCGUCCUUCAUCAUAGACUGGCCACUGAACGGUCUUAAACUAUAGUUUUACCCAAACUGGCGCAUGUGUCGCCUUCAGUUUUAGGAAAAAAAGAUAUAUUCUAAGUAUCUAUGAUGAUUAAAGGAAUACUCCAGGGUUUAAACACCUAAUAUCUACGUAUCUAUGUAAAUGAUCUGUAAAUUACACUUAUCAUAUAGAAAAAGACCGACACUUUACCAUGUACAGAGAAAGAACAAACCAAAAAAUCAAACACAAAAAAAGUAUGAAUUGAGUUUUAAAUGAUGUUUAAGGGCAGUUGUUGAAAACUGUUUUGUACACACACACACACACACACAUGUACACGCACAAUUAUGAAACCUGCUCACUCUGAGUUACUCAACUGUGUAUUAUGUCCUAAGACUGUUGUUACAGAGUCAAAAAAAUCACCUUGUGUUCAGUCCUGAAUGUUCAAACUAAGCUAACCAAGGAAUUAAUAUCAAGGAUUUAUUCCUGUACAAUAUCCGUUCCCAAGCUACCCGAUUUGUAAUCUGAAAAUCUUGUGCCUUACGCAAGCCUUUAAUCUCAAGACGACAUUCAAAAGAAUAACAAGUAGUUUAAACACCAUUGCUUUGUUUUUUUUAGCUUUAAAAAUAUUUUAAUGUGUUUUGUUUUUUUUGUAAAUAUUUAUAGUUAAUGAAUUCCAAAACUAAAAACAAUCACCUCUUGCAGCCCACCUGCACUACCUUUAUUGCCCACCAGGGGGGUGAUAAGCAGUUGCAGGUAAUCUUUGUGAGUUUCUAAAAUAACUCAGUUUUAGUAUUAAUGAAGAAUAUGGCACUGACUCUAUUCAGUUAUGUGCUAUUCUUGAAAUGAUUCCAGAUACUUUAGAUAUUUUAUAUAUUUUCAUCCAACGUUUUUUUUUUUAUCCUCAUUUUAUCAUGUUUUUAAUCUUCAUAACUUGACCUUACAAUGUUCAAAAUGUCAUCUUUUUUUCUAUAUCUGAAAGAAUAGUAUUCUAUAAAAAGGUCACGGUGGUGUAGUGGUUAGCACUGUGGCCUCCCCACCUCCAGGGUUGAGGGUUCGAGUCCCACCUUCAGGUCUGUGUGUAUGGAGUUUGCAUGUUCUCCUCGUGCUUGGUGGGUUUCCUGUGGGUACUCCGGUUUCCUCCCACAGUCCAAAGACAUGCACAUCAGGUUAUUUGGCAUUUCCAAAUCAUCCGUAGUAAGUGCGUGUGUGUGUGUGUGAUGGACUGGCACCUCAUCCAGGGUGUACUGUAUUCACGCCUUGUCCCCUGGAAAUGCCUCAAGCCUUCCUGUGACCCUGAACAAGAUGUGUGUGUUAUAGGGAAUGAGAGAGAGAGAGUGAGUAGUUUUCUAUAAAAGUCUGUUUUAGAUUAAACGCAAUGCUAAAUAGUCCUGACAACUGCCCUUAGACUUUCAACACAUUUCCCAGGACCAAUACACGGUGAAGUUAAUGCACAUGCGUUCAGACGUAAUAUCGAUUUAAGAUUUUAAAAAAGUAUAGCUGAAGUAUUCCUUUAAAAUGUUUAUCAUCCACAAGCACAGAACAUUUCCUUUCUUUUUUUCUGCGUUGGUCAUAUCUGUGUAUCUUUUCUGCCUUUAGACACGCCAUCAAAUGUGUGUUUUAACGCUACUAAUCAAUGUCUUAUCUAAGACUUCCUGUACAAUCAAGGACAAAUAGACCCACGGAGCUGGGAGAGACAUGUAAAUGUUUUAUGACAGACUGUAAUUAAUUUUAUUAUUUAAAAAUAAUUUAUAAUGGAUGUGCAUGAUUUUGAAGCAUAGCACACUGAAUGGUUUCUUUCUCUCUCUCUUUCUCUCUCUUCUUCUUCAUCAGAACUAUUAUCCAUUUAGCAAAGAGCUUGGUAUACAGAAUCCCAUCGUGCUCCUAUCUCUUUCUCCUUCCAGUCAGUCUCAUAUUAUUGACAGCUGUAUGAGAAAUGGUCAGUGUUUUAUCCGUAGUCUGUUGCACCUGUACAGUAUAAUGACGCAUUGAGAUCGUUUAAGUGUUAAGCGCAGAGACAAAUCCUGAGGUUGAAUAUACAGUCUAACGCAGUGUUUCAGGUAUGUAGAGGUCAUGUAUAAUGUAUAAUACAUCACUAGGCUUGCACUUUUGUUUGUAGCCGAGACGUCACUGUGGUGUGUUCCUACAGAAAACCUCGAAUUCUCGGGCCUCACUUAUAAAGCGUUCAUGAUGGGUUGAUAUGACCUCGUAUUUAAAGAAACCAGGUUACUGAAACCGUAGAGCGAUAAAAGGGGAGAAACAUUUUUACGCAAACUUGUGAAUAUUAAAUUAAAAGUGAUAAAUCUUAAACAUUAAAUGAAUAAAAACCAUGUUACAGACGACUAGACCCAACAUGAGCAGCUUUCAGUUUGAUAGAGUGAAUCGAGUUACUAUCGAUUAACCAAUUAGGAAAUCGAGUAAUGGAUUUAUUUUAUUAUUAAUAUAAUAAUUCAAAUGUAGUGAAGUUAUAAAUAAAAUCAUGUGUGCACCUGCUGUUUCUUUCUGAAAGUGGGCCUCUGGUUUGUUCUGCUUUUCCCCUCAGCAUUAGUUGGCAAACACACUGACCUUAAAGCUGGGUGGUUAUCUGUAUUUAUUUCCUUCUCUUUAUCUGAAAUGCACUUUACCAUCGUCUAGAAAGUGUACAUUGUUUAAAAAAAUAAUAAAUCAAUAAAAUCAAGAGGAUUAUU